AGCCUGGGGGCGGUUCCUUGGCAGCGUUGGUUCUUGUUGGAGCCAGACUUUUGCUCCUGGGUUUGGUUUGCAUCAUCCCCAUCACACCCUCGGGAGAGGCGAGCGGCCCCCUUUCAGCCCCAGCUUCCGGCUCCGAGCAGCCCCUUCUCUCAGCCACAGCAUUCUCUGGCAGUUUUUUUUUUCUUUCUCCCUCCUGUCCUCCAUUUGUUGCUUUAUGAUCCCCACUCUCUGAGCAACGAUGGUUGAUUUGGAGAGCGAAGUGCCCCCUCUGCCACCCAGGUACAGGUUCCGGGAUUUGCUGCUAGGGGACCAAGGAUGGCAAAACGAUGACAGGUUGUUAAUCAAAUUCGAAAAUCUAUCCAAGUUCAUUGAAAAAGCACGUUAGAAACUUACAGUCUCCUUCACCUACUUAAUUACUCCCUCAGUGUUGUCUUGCUAAGGCGUCCACCUGCCACUGGGAAUUUGACGCUUUUUAAACAUUUGGAGUUGCAGGGUACAAGUUGAAUUCUAUAUGAAUGAGAACACAUUUAAAGAGAGACUAAAGUUAUUUUUUAUCAAAAACCAGAGAUCAAGUCUAAGAAUACGGCUGUUCAAUUUUUCUCUCAAAUUAUUAAGCUGCUUAUUAUACAUAAUCCGAGUGCUACUAGAAAAUCCUUCACAAGGAAAUGAGUGGUCUCGUAUCUUUUGGGUGAACAGAAGUCUACCUUUAUGGGGCUUACAGGUAUUAGUGGCAUUGAUAAGUCUAUUUGAAACAAUACUGCUUGGUUAUCUCAGCUACAAGGGAAACAUCUGGGAACAGAUUUUACGAAUACCCUUCAUCCUGGAAAUAAUUAAUGCGGUUCCCUUCAUUAUUUCAAUAUUCUGGCCUUCCUUAAGGAAUCUAUUUGUCCCUGUCUUUCUAAACUGUUGGCUUGCCAAACAUGCCUUGGAAAAUAUGAUUAAUGAUCUACACAGAGCCAUUCAGCGUACACAGUCUGCAAUGUUUAAUCAAGUUUUGAUUUUAAUAUCUACAUUACUAUGCCUUAUCUUCACAUGCAUUUGUGGAAUCCAACAUCUGGAGAGAAUAGGAAAGAAGCUGAAUCUCUUUGACUCCCUGUAUUUCUGCAUUGUGACGUUUUCCACUGUGGGCUUUGGUGACGUUACCCCUGAAACCUGGUCCUCCAAACUUUUUGUUGUCGCUAUGAUCUGCGUUGCUCUUGUGGUCCUGCCCAUACAGUUUGAACAGCUCGCCUACUUGUGGAUGGAGAGACAAAAGUCAGGUGGAAACUAUAGUCGACACAGAGCUCAAACAGAAAAGCAUGUUGUUCUGUGUGUCAGCUCACUGAAGAUUGAUUUACUUAUGGACUUUUUAAAUGAAUUCUAUGCUCAUCCAAGACUACAGGACUAUUAUGUGGUGAUUUUGUGUCCUACUGAAACAGAUGUACAAGUUCGAAGAGUGCUGCAGAUCCCCAUGUGGUCCCAAAGAGUUAUUUACCUGCAGGGUUCAGCCCUCAAAGACCAGGAUCUGUUGAGAGCAAAGAUGGAUGAUGCUGAGGCUUGCUUUAUUCUGAGUAGCCGUUGUGAAGUGGAUAGGACGUCAUCAGACCACCAAACAAUUUUGAGAGCAUGGGCUGUAAAGGAUUUUGCUCCAAAUUGCCCUUUGUAUGUUCAGAUAUUAAAGCCUGAAAAUAAAUUCCAUAUAAAAUUUGCUGAUCAUGUUGUUUGUGAAGAAGAGUUUAAAUACGCCAUGUUAGCUUUAAACUGUAUAUGCCCAGCAACAUCUACACUUAUUACACUACUGGUUCAUACCUCUAGAGGGCAAGAAGGCCAGCAAUCACCAGAACAAUGGCAGAAGAUGUAUGGUAGAUGCUCUGGGAAUGAAGUAUACCACAUUGUUUUGGAAGAAAGUACAUUUUUUGCUGAAUAUGAAGGAAAGAGCUUUACAUAUGCCUCUUUCCAUGCACAUAAAAAGUUUGGUGUUUGCUUGAUUGGUGUUAGGAGGGAGGAUAAUAAAAACAUUUUGCUGAAUCCAGGUCCUCGAUAUAUUAUGAAUCCUACAGAUACAUGUUUUUAUAUUAAUAUUACCAAAGAAGAGAAUUCAGCAUUUAAAAACCAAGACCAGCAGAAAAAAAGCAAUGUACCAAGGUCAUUUUAUCAUGGACCUUCUAGACUACCUGUACAUAGCAUAAUUGCCAGCAUGGGUACUGUGGCUAUAGAUUUGCAAGACACAAGCUGUAGGUCGGCAAGUGGCCCUACUACCCUGUCUCUUCCUGCAGAGGGAAGCAAGGAGGUGCGAAGACCUAGCAUUGCUCCGGUUUUGGAGGUUGCAGAUACGUCAUCAAUACAAACAUGUGAUCUUCUAAGUGAUCAAUCAGAAGAUGAAACUACACCAGAUGAAGAAAUUUCCUCAAACUUAGAAUAUGCUAAAGGCUACCCACCUUACUCUCCAUAUAUAGGAAGUUCACCCACUUUUUGUCAUCUCCUUCAUGAAAAAGUACCAUUUUGCUGCUUAAGACUAGACAAGAGUUGCCAGCAUAACUACUAUGAGGAUGCAAAAGCCUAUGGAUUCAAAAAUAAAAUAAUUAUAGUUGCAGCUGAAACAGCUGGAAAUGGAUUGUAUAAUUUUAUUGUUCCUCUCAGGGCAUACUAUAGACCAAAGAAAGAACUUAAUCCCAUAGUACUGCUAUUGGAUAAUCCGCCAGAUAUGCAUUUUCUGGAUGCAAUCUGUUGGUUUCCAAUGGUUUACUACAUGGUGGGCUCUAUUGACAACCUAGAUGACUUGCUCAGGUGUGGAGUGACCUUCGCUGCCGACAUGGUGGUGGUGGACAAGGAGAGCACCAUGAGCGCAGAGGAGGACUACAUGGCCGACGCCAAGACCAUCGUGAACGUGCAGACCCUCUUCAGGUUGUUUUCCAGUCUCAGUAUUAUCACAGAGCUUACUCACCCAGCCAACAUGAGAUUCAUGCAAUUUAGAGCCAAAGAUUGUUACUCUCUUGCUCUUUCAAAACUGGAAAAGAAAGAACGAGAAAGAGGUUCUAAUUUGGCCUUUAUGUUUCGACUGCCUUUUGCGGCUGGGAGGGUGUUUAGCAUCAGUAUGUUGGAUACACUUCUAUAUCAGUCAUUUGUAAAGGAUUAUAUGAUUUCUAUCACCAGACUUCUGUUGGGAUUGGACACCACACCAGGAUCAGGGUUUCUUUGUUCUAUGAAAAUCACUGAGGAUGACUUAUGGAUCAGAACUUAUGCCAGACUUUAUCAGAAGUUGUGCUCUUCUACUGGAGAUGUCCCCAUUGGGAUCUAUAGGACUGAGUCUCAGAAACUUACUACAUCUGAGUCUCAAAUAUCUAUUAGUGUAGAAGAGUGGGAAGACACUAAGGAUCCCAAAGAGCAAGGUCAUCACCGAAGCAACCACCGCAACUCCACGUGCAGCGACCAGUCCGACCACCCCCUGCUGCGGAGGAAGAGCAUGCAGUGGGCCCGGAGACUGAGCAGAAAAGGUCCCAAACACUCUGGUAAAACCGCUGAGAAAAUGACCCAGCAGCGACUGAACCUCUACAGGAGGUCAGAAAGACAGGAGCUUGCUGAACUUGUGAAAAAUAGAAUGAAACACUUGGGUCUUUCUACAGUGGGAUAUGAUGAAAUGAAUGAUCAUCAAAGUACACUCUCCUACAUCCUGAUUAACCCAUCUCCAGACACCAGACUAGAGCUGAAUGAUGUUGUAUACAUAAUCCGACCAGAUCCACUGGCAUACCUUCCAAACAGUGAACCCAGUCGGAAAAACAGCAUAUGCAACACCACUGGUCAAGACGUUCGGGAGGAAACUCAACUUUGAUGAAAAGAAAACAAGAGACAGUUUUCUUUUCCUGCAAGGGUCUUUCUUGAAACAGCUCUAAAUCUUAGAAAAGUGUUGUUGGAAUGAAAAAAGAAGUUGGAAUAUAUUCAAUUCUCUCAAGUUUAAGAAAAAUCUAUUCUCUUAGAAAUAUAGAUUAUUUUGAAAUUUAAAAUACUGCUUAUUGGUAAUCUCGCUAUUGACAUUUGAAAGAUAUCAAUGGAAUGAUUUUGAAAACUUACACCACAAAAAAAUUGAAUCUGAUACUUGUUUGACAAUAAUCAAACAGUAUGAAGCCAAUUUUUUAAAGUGUUUCGGUUUUAUGAAAGUAAACUAAAAAAUCUAGCUUUAUUUGGUGCAUCACAGUGGACAUAGAAGAUUGUUGCUCCUCUUAAAAAUUAAAUGUGUCAUAUUGUUUAACCUUGCUGUUUUAUAAAAUUGAGCUCAUUAUAAAUGUCUAAUCUUCUCAAAACAGUGAUUAACAAACUUGUAUGACUACUUUUCUGUAAGAAUCAGUUUGCUUUAGAAUAUAAAUCUUUAAUUCAUUUGAGCCUUUUUCUACCUUUUCAUAUGAUAUAUUCAUUUUAGAAUUCGAGAUGCUCAUAGCAUGUUUUAUUACACUGAAGAAACCAAAACAACCAAACAUAAAUAUCAAGUACCUGAACUUUUUGCUAACUUUAUGCUUGACAUACUCUGUAUGCCAAGAAAAGUGUAAGAAAAAAAAUGCUUAGUGUUCUCCUAAAAGGAUAUUUAACAAACAAAAUACUUAAGACACAUUUGUGGACUUAAGUUUAAUCCAAGAACUGAUAAAUUAAUUGAAAUGUGAGUAAUGAUUUUCAUUAGACAUGAGUGUUAGCAUUUUUUAUAUAUAUAUACAGGUAUACCUUGUUUUAUUGCACUUUAUUGCUCUUAGUAGAUAUUGCAUUUUUCACAAAUUGGAAGUUUGUGGUAACCCUGUGUUGAGUAAGUCUAUCAAUCAGCAGCAUUUGCUCACUUCAUGUCUCUGUAACAUUUUGAAAGUUCUCACAAUAUUUCAAUCUUUUCAUUAUUAUAAUAUUUGUUAUGAUGAUCUGUGAUCAGUGUUAAUGACUAGCCAAAUGCUCAGAUGAUGGGUAGCGUUUUUAGCAAUAAAGUGUUUUUAAAUUAAGGUAUAAAUAUUGUGUUUUUAGACAUAAUGCUAUUGAACACUUAAUAGAAUAUAGAGUAUAAUUUAAACAUAACUUCUCCAUGCACUGGGAAACCAAAAAGUUCACUUAACUCUCUUUAUUUCAGUAUUUGCUUUAUUUUUGUGGUUUGGAACUGAGCCUGCAAUAAUAUCUCCAAGGUAUGCCUGUAUAGUAUAUUUCAAUAGAAAGAUUCUUUAAAAUUCAAAGAAGCCAAAUUAUACUUUUUAUGGAAUACAAAAACAUUUCAAAGUCCUCCUUUAUGCCUUCAUUAUUGAAAUAAUUACGUAAAAAUGUAAUGUUAAAAUUUUUUAUUUAACUUUGAGAAAUCAUCUACAAGAACCGUUUGAACAUCAUGAAGAAAAAGCAUAUAAUAUAGAUCGUUUUUGCCACUUUAUAUAAAUCAUGAGAAUUUGAAUUAUAAAUUAAACAAUUUUUGACUGCUGAUGACACCAGUGCUUUUAUCUAUAUCAUUUUAUUCCUUUUCAGAAACAGAAUGAAAAGCAUAAGAAUUUAUUUGCCUGGUAGUUGGAAUUUGUUAAAGUAUUUCCAUGAGAGAGACAUUAGUAAAUCUAAAAAGAUAUUUUUCUUUGUAUUAUAUUUAAUUUCUGACUUUGACGUUGGCUUUUAAUUCCACAGAGUAUUGGAAAUAUGGCUAGAAAGAGACAUUUUAUUCUUUCUUUUCAUAAAAAAAGCAUAUAGACUGAAAGGAAAAUAGAAAGAUUAAAAAAAAAUAAAGCCUGAUAGUGCCCUAAUAAUUCUAUAUAAAUAGAAAUGUAAAGCAUAGAAUGUGAAAUUAUAGAUUAUAACCAUUAUAUACUUUGGCUUAGAGAAAGUGAAAUGCCUAUUUGUUGUUGCUUUUUAAUAUUUUAUGUUGCUCUCAUUUUAGAAUAACAAGAGCACCAAGAGUUUCUCCUAAAAUAUGGAGAGCUAUCUUUAAUUUCCUUUAAUCAGACAAAUAAGUAGAACUUAUAGUAAGUAAUUUAAAAUUGGAAGCACACCUUAAAAUGAAAGUUGUAUGCAUAUAUCUGUACAUGUUAUAAUAAACACAUGUGAAAUUCAUUUGACAAACAUAUUCACAUGUAAUUCAUUCAAACUAAAGACAGAACUGAACAUGCAUAUAUAAAGGGUAACAGCAACAAAUUUGAUGAACUUGUUCCAUAUUUGCACAUCAGUAGUCAAGUAUGAUGUUUCUUUGAGUUGUCAUUUCUUUACUUCAUUAGUGUUGAUUUUAGGAUUAAAUGUAAAUUUUUAUGAAUCUUCUAUGUCCCCACAAGAUCUCAGUUUAGUAUUUUUACAUUAUGAUGACAAUUGUCAACUAGGAUUUGAAGCUAAGACAUCACUAUAUUUCCUUUAAAUUAAACUUUUGUUUCAUAGAUUUUACAAUAAUUAUUUUUACUAUAAACAUUAGUGCAAAUUAAAUAUUUGACAUAAUUCUUGGCUUGCUAUAACAAUGAUAGUUUAUUAGUCUUUUUGUUAUUUAAAUAAUAAAAAUAUGCUUAUAAAAGCCUUUUAAUAAACUGUUGCCUUUUUAAAAUACACUUGCACAUGAAAAUAAAACAUAAGUCAGUAAUAGUCCUUGUAACCCUAUGGGAAUUAGUUCUGUAUACUGUCUAUGUACCAUUUUGCUACCAAUUGCAUUGAAUUGCUUUAAAAUAAAUAAUAAAAUUAUUUCUGAUGAUGAAAACUCUUGGUGUGUUUUG